CAGUGACGAACGCUCAUCGGCAAACAUCGGCAUUUGUCGUGUGCCGACGCAGUGGUCAAUGAUGGAGGAAGAGGCUCGCAAGCUCCUCGAAGAAGGAAUAAACAAGAAACUCAUCAGUCCCGGCAAAGGAGACUUACCCGCUUUCCCGUUGGGAACAAAGGUGGUCUUUCACUACCGCACCAGCUUGUGCGAUGGCACAGUCUUGGACGACUCCAGGGAGAUGGGUGGCCACUGCAAACCCAUGGAGCUCAUCCUGGGAAAGAAGUUCAAACUGGUUGUGUGGGAGAGAGUCAUCGUGACCAUGAGACCCGGCGAAGUAGCUGAGUUUACUUGCGACUCCAAGCACACGUCUCUGUAUCCACUGGUGUCUCAGUCCUUGAGGAACAUCAGUGUCGGCAAAGACCCCCUGGAGGGCCAGAGACACUGCUGUGGCAUCGCCCAAAUCCACUCCCACCACUCGCUGGGCCACAAGGACCUGGAUCACCUCCAGGCAAACCCACAGCCACUGGUCUUCUCUAUUGAGCUUCUGCAGGUUCUUCCACCGGGGACCUACGAGCUGGAUAUUUGGGCAAUGACGGACGAACAGAAGCUCCAGUUUGUUCCCCACAUCCACGAAGAAGGCAACCAGUUAUUUAAAGAGGGAAAAAUAAAAGAGGCCUCGGAGAAAUACUACAACGGCAUUGCAUGUCUGAAAAACCUACAGAUGAAGGAACACCCUGGAGAGGAGUCCUGGAUCAAGCUGGACCACAUGGUGACGCCGCUGCUUCUCAACUACUGCCAGUGCAAGUUGCAAAUGGGACAGUACUAUGAAGUUAUUGAACACUGCUCCGCGCUGGUUUUCAAGUACGAAGACAACUUGAAGGCCUAUUACAAACGUGCCAAAGCCCACGCUGCCGUGUGGAAUGAGAAAGAGGCUCGUGCUGACUUUGCCAAGGUGCUGGAGCUGGAUCCCACCCUGAGGUCGACAGUGACCAAGGAGCUGAACGCGAUGGAGGAGAGGAUCCGGCAGAAGGAGCAGGAGGAGAAAGGUCGCUACAAGGGCAUAUUCAACUUCGGAUCGACGACAGCCACCGCCACCACUGGAUGAAAGGGUCAACUCAUCAGUGAAUUGAAGAAUUCCACUUUUUGGACCUGAGAACAGUAACCCAAUUCUACAGGGUGGAGCUGUGCCCCUCAACACCUCAGCUGACCAAGCCGGCGGCAGCCUUCCAUUCUGGGUCAACAAGUGUUCACACAAUGUCAGCAGCACCAGUUGGCAGUCUCGCAGCCGAUGUUUUCAACGUUUUAUUCAUGUACCACAUCAUGCAACAAGCCCUGCCAAUCCAUGUUACUACCCUUGCUUUCUUCUUUUACGUGCAGCCUUUAUUCCCAGUAGUCACUCAUUUAUCGUGUGCAAUCCUCCAGCAUCUUGCCAGUUACUUAAGUAACCUUGGAGGCAACGCUGUCAGCGCCCCACAAUCUUGCUUUCCUCUUCUGUGCUUUUGUGUAUUUAUCUUCACAUGUAUAUGCUGCUUUUCACUCAGUACAUUCGAGGUUAUGAUGUUAGCAGCAGGUGGCCUCAAGAAUAUAAUGCUGCCUUUGACAUUGAAACUGAAAUAAACAUGCUAAAUCACUGAUCUGCUUGCAGUUGUUUUAACA